CCUUCAUCUCAAAUCUGACAUCCAGAGUAGCGCUGAAACGGACGGACGGCUCUUCCCCCUCCUCCCGCAAACGCCCGGAUGAGAGCAGUAGCAGCAGGCGACAUUCAGGGCACCAUGGUCGCAUGAUUUGGCCGAGUCGAGAGGGUAAUCAACCGGGGUCGGACUGGAGCGACAGAACCGUCAGCCACUGCUGGAAUCUUGACAUUUUCGACGCAGCCGACGUAGACGCUGUUCUGGGAAAACACACGCAGAAGACAGACAGGCGUGGAGAAGUAGGAGGCGGAUAGGGAACGGUGGGACAUUUCUCCGCUUGCGGUUUCCUAUUUCGUUGGUGAAAGAGCAAGCACACAGGCUACCUCACACUAAGCUAUGGAAUGCUUCCUGCUCCCAGCAUCACUAGUCUCCAAUAUUUGGACUGAGCUCCAAACGCUUAGUUAGCGGCUGUGCUUCUCCCCUCGAACUUUUUCCAAACCAGGGGACGAAGAAAAGGAGUGGACUUACCAAGUCCUCCGCUAAAGACGAGAAGCACCUUUUUCCUUUUAGAAUAAUUUACCUGCAUUUUUUUUUUCUUCUCCUUGGAUUUGUGCUCUGAUAAAAUCAUAUCAAGAUGGAUAUGGAACCGUAUCUGUGGAUGGUGAUUGUUGGCUUCAUCAUCGCCUUCAUUUUGGCCUUCUCCGUCGGGGCCAACGAUGUGGCUAACUCAUUCGGCACAGCAGUGGGGUCCGGCGUGGUCACUCUGAAGCAGGCCUGCAUCCUGGCGUCCAUCUUUGAGACGCUGGGCUCGAUGCUGCUUGGGGCCAAAGUGGGAGAGACCAUUCGAAAGGGCAUCAUAGACGUCACCCUCUAUAACAACACGGUGCCCGUCCUAAUGGCGGGGGAGGUCAGCGCCAUGGUCGGGUCAGCUGUCUGGCAACUCAUCGCCUCCUUCCUCAAACUGCCCAUCUCCGGGACUCACUGCAUUGUUGGAGCGACCAUUGGCUUCUCCAUGGUGGCCAUCGGCACAAAGGGCGUGCAGUGGAUGCAGCUGGUCAGAAUCGUUUCUUCUUGGUUCAUCUCACCCUUGCUCUCUGGACUCAUGUCUGGACUCCUCUUCAUGCUCAUCAGGCACUUCAUCCUCAAUAAGGAUGAUUCUGUCCCAAAUGGUCUGCGUGCGCUGCCUGUCUUCUAUGCCUCCACCAUUGGGAUUAACACUUUCUCUAUCAUGUACACUGGAGCCCCAUUGCUUGGAUUAGAGAUGCUACCAGUUUGGGCCAUCUUCCUCAUCACAUUAGCCGGGUCGCUGGUCUGUGCAGCUUUGGUCUGGAUAUUCGUCUGUCCUUGGAUGAGAAGAAAAAUAGCAAGUCGCCUAAAGAAGGAACAGGCUUUGUCCAGGAUAUCUGAUGAAAGUCUGGACAAAAUCCCUGAAGAAGAAGAAGAAGAGAGCCCCGUCUUCAAGGAGCUGCCUGGGGCAAAAGGCACAGACGAGGCCGUGGUGCCGCUCACAGGGGGCAGCAGUGACAGGAACACCCGGGAUUCCAGCGGAGAGCUCUCCAACAUGGCCAAUGGAGGCACUGUCCUGCCCAACGGCAGGGUGUACGGUCGAACCCACUCUAUGACUAACGGCUGCCUCAAGUCACCCAUCGCUAACGGCAGCUUCACCUUCGAUGGCCACAUGCGUAGCGACGGCCAGGUUUACCACACGGUCCACAAGGACUCCGGCCUCUACAAAGACUUGCUCCACAAAAUCCACCUGGGCCGCAUGGAUGAUGGCGACCGGUCCGGCGCACAACAGCCUGAUGACAAUUACCGUCUGCUGCGCCGCAACAACAGCUACACCUGCUACACAGCCGCGAUAUGCGGCAUGCCCGUCCAGCCUGUCAGGCGCUCUGAGUCCCGUGACGACAGCGAGAAGCUGGUGGGAGAGGGCGGCGGCAGGAGCAACAGUGUAUCCUACUCCAAAAAGCGGGUACGUUACGACAGCUACUCUUCGUACUGCAAUGCCGUGGCCGAGGCUGAGAUCGAAGCAGAGGAGGGAGGAGUGGAGCUGAAGCUGGCCACAGAGCUGGGAGGGGUGGAGGAAGAAGGAGCUCCAGCGCCGGUGCCUCUUGAUGACUUGGUAGAGGAAGAGCACGAGGAGAAGGACAAGUCCGAGGUGUUUUUGCUUUUCCACUUCCUGCAGAUCCUCACCGCUUGCUUUGGCUCUUUCGCCCAUGGAGGCAAUGAUGUCAGUAAUGCCAUCGGGCCCCUGGUGGCGCUGUGGAUGAUUUAUGAACAGGGCGGAGUCAUGCAGGAUGCUACCACUCCGAUCUGGCUGCUGUUUUAUGGCGGUGUGGGCAUCUGUGCCGGCCUGUGGGUGUGGGGACGGCGCGUCAUCCAGACCAUGGGGAAGGACCUGACUCCCAUCACCCCUUCAAGCGGAUUUUGCAUUGAAGUAAUGAGUGCGCUAACAGUGCUUGUUGCAUCAAAUGUGGGCAUCCCAAUAAGCUCCACCCACUGCAAGGUGGGCUCGGUCGUAGCCGUGGGUUGGAUCCGCUCCCAGAAAGCCGUGGACUGGCACCUCUUCAGGAACAUCUUCCUGGCCUGGUUCGUCACGGUGCCGGUGGCUGGCCUGUUCAGCGCCGCCGUCAUGGCCCUGUUCGUAUACGGCAUCCUGCCCUUCGUCUGAGGGGGGAAGUGGCCGGGAGGGUGAGCGGUGGAGAAUGCAAGAGGGGAGUCAGAGAAGGGGAAACUUGGAAGGAAAUUGUAGCUUGGGUGUUGUUGAGGGAAGACAAGUAGGAACUGGAGUGAGUGAAGUGAAGGAGAAGAGUUUGAGGAAGCUGCAGAGGUUUACAAAUGGACUUUGGUUGUACUGUGAGGAGGGUUGGUUCCCACGCUGCCUGGCUCUGUCCGGAAGUCCCCUCAACUCCUUUGAGUUCAAUCAGUUCAUAUUUAUUCUCUUUUUGGGGAGAAAUGCAUCAUUCAGUCUGCUGUAAAUACAAAAAUAGGAAAUUUACCUUUUAAUUAAAAAAAGAAAUUAAGAAUUAAAAAAAAAAAGUAACCAUGCUAGUGAGCACAUAUCUGAUAUCCGAACAAGGAAAAAAAGUGUACAUAUUGUCGUUCUGACUGAGUGUGAUCUGUUGUAUUACGGCUUGCUUUGGCACAAAAAAAUUAGAAAAGACAUGCGUGUGGUUAACCAACCCAUCCAUCAUGUCCGUUUUUAAACACGCCAGCUAGGUACAACCGGGGCCAAAAGGAAAGGAUGCCUCAGAAAAAGAGAGUCGUGCAACGUUUUAUUUUCCAUGAUACCAUAGAAACCUAAUUUACUAAAGAAUUUGAUUUUCAUUUUUGUGGAGAGCUCCUGUAUGUUUUUAGAGAUGAGUCUCAUAUUUUUAAAUGAUGUAUUAUAAUGUAAUUUGUACUGUAAAUACUGUCCUUUAUGGAGUUUGGCAGUGGGUCCUGGUUUGUUUUUAUUGUUGUAGAGAGGGGGCGGGGAUUGGCUCUUCAUCUUAUCGUCAUCAUACAAAGUAUGAUUCAUGCUCGAGGUUCAGAGUAGGGGAGAAAAAAAGUGUGGUUUGAUUGGAAACAGCUCAGUUUGAGGAAAUUAACCGGAAAGGUUGGGUUGGGGAAGAUAGGUCACUCUCCUCAGAGUCGAUCCAUGCCAAAGUCAACAUUUCAGCAUGCCAAUUUAGAGCCGAAAGAUGCCAAAACACUAAAACUGAGCUGAGGCGUGCGAGCGCAAACUGACGAGGUCCCAUAACAUAACUUUAUCCUUAUGCCUUUAUUUUCAUACAUACAGCUGAGUCACUGUCAUAUCGAACCCUACUUUCACAUGACAAAUGGUAUCAUAUCAAACACUAAAACGUGUAAAGAAAGAGGACUCCAGCAAAAAGCAGCAUAGCCUCAGUGCAGAGGUGUCUUCUGCCCACCGGUGCUAAAGGUUCAAUUUGAUUCCAUACAGUCAGAGUAAAGGCUCACCUAACGCCUGGUGCAGGAUUUCAGGCUGCUCAUAACACUAAAUAUCAUAAGACAUCUGUCUUAAAGAGAUGGUCAUGGACUACAAGAAGUGAGGCUUUGUUAGAAGUUUGUAAGCAGUUGAUUUCUAACCUGUAGAGGGAAACUCGAUUUUUUUAUUUUGUUAUGAUAUUGCCUCUGAAGCCAGAAUUCAUAUCUGGAAGUUAAAUCAGACUCCAGGUGCAAGUCAGAAAAAAACUGUUUGGUAGUGGUAUCCAUGGUAACUAUUAGCAAUAAAAAAUUAUCACAGCAAAAUUCUUUGUUUAAUGCGUUUAAACUCUGAAGGAACAGUUUUACAGCUAGCGAUUGUGGAGCACUGUGUCCCAUUGAUUUAUGAAAGAAGCACUGAAACGUAGUUUGUACCUCCACCAAUCACAUUCAGUAAACCUGGCAGCCAUUUUGGAUGUUAAACCUAGGACUGUUGGAUACCUCCAAACUUUCAAAGUCUUGAUUUCAGUUUUGAUUUCAAGGGGCAUUAUUGUAUUUAUGACUUGGAUGUUAGAAAUUUUGACUUAAACGUACUAUUAUGAUCUUAAGCUUAUAUAAAUCGCAAUUAACUGGGAUUAGAGGCUACUGCUAAUUGCUAAUCUGAGCAGAGUCGGUUCAAAAACAGACUUUUGUUAGCAACCCAACUCUUAAAAAUAUCCCAGCAUUUUAUGUGCAGAUUAUUUAUAAGGCAAAGAAAGGUUGUCUCCUUACUUCAUCCUUAAGCCGUUUUGUCCAAACCUAAAUACUUUUUGAAAUUUAACCAUUACUUAUUAAUUUAUUUUUCCUAAGAGAUUUUAAUUCCCAAUGCUCAUAAAAACAUUGAAAUCUUAAUUUCAGUGGAUAUUUACCAUUAACUCUGCUUCCACUCCCUGUUUGGGCAAAUUUACUCUUAUGAAAUAUGACAGGUUAUGAGUUACGAUCACACCGAAAAAUUUUGUCAUGUCAGAGAUAUUAUUCGUUUUUUAAGUGGUCUCUUAAAUUUAUACAAUCUGAUAUUUUAAGCACCUUCUUCAUGCUAAAAGUAAGAAGAAACUUUGAAUUUACUUCCCUCAGUAACAGCUUCAACACCACCAAGAGUGUUUUCGUUAUUGCGACCUGCUAGCUCUUCAUUCACUGAUGGCAGAAAGAUUUGGUUUCCACUGAGCUGGAAUCUGGCUGUGGAAAAUUAUUUCUCAGUGAAUCUCCACUAGCAUUAGCAUAGUAGCAUUUGCCAAAAUCACAUUUAAGAUGAUAGGCUUAAAAACUGGCGUCACUCAUAUGAACAGUUAGCUUUGGCCUCUGGAUUAACAUGUUUGCAUUUAACCUAAAUGGAGACGCCAUUUUUUUGCUGCAGGAAAGAUUUUAGCUUCCUAUUAUCUGUUUGCAGAACCUCACUUCUAAAAUCCUGAACUAUCCCUUUGAUCUCAUUUUGUCUGAAAGUGAAAGUGAUUUAGAAAAAAAAAAAAAUGAUCAUCACCAGCUUUUAAAACAAGGUUACCUAGGUGACUUGCAGAUGAACAAAGUCUAAAGUUAUUUUUGUUUGAACAAACUCUAUGCCAGCUGUUUAAUGUUUUUGUUGUUUUUGUGGUGUGUUUCCUGUUUUUUUUUUAUUUUCUUCAUGAACAAAUCUAUGCUUAAGUAGCCACAUGCCUUGUAACGUGUUUUACUUUGUGCAGAGACGGUAAAAUAAUUCAGUACUGUGGUGUUUACAUUGUAACCAUAUUGUAGAGUAUCUGUUUUAAAAAAAAAAAACUGUUGCCUAAUGAUGCCAAUGAAAGACAAACUAUUAACCAUGAAUUUUUAAGUGCAAGUAAAACAAAACAGAAUAUAACCAGAAGUGUCUAGAGAGAAAGAGAGCAUUGAGAGGAAGUGUGUUUGAUUUUUUUUUUUUUUUUUCCUCAGUCGUUUUUGUAGUAGUGCCGAUCAUGAUCCCUGUCACUUUACACUGCUACUGCAAUGUGUUAACACUACAUGUGUGGGUGCAAUUCAGUGAUGAAAAGAAUAACUAGAGAAAUCUCAUCAAAACUAUAUAUUUUUCUACCAUAUCUGAGUUUUAACCUGGGUGAGCUUCCGCGCACUUUUACAGGGAGCCGCUGUCGGCUUGAAGUGGGGAGAAACUGCGGGAAAUAUUCCCACCCACGUCUGUUUUGGCACUCGUGCCCACUCCCACUGAGCCCAGUGUCUUCCUCUAGCAUGUAGAUUGACGUGUCGAUCGCGAGUAGAUCAGAUUUUGAAAUGACCGUUAUUAUUUUUGAACUAUAGAUGAAAACACUUUGUAAUUUUGUUUCCCUACUGCAUUGACUUUGGCAGUGAGCUGCCAGAGGAGGACAGCUCUGCUAUGACAUCCUGUCUAAACUGCAAAAAAAAAAAAGUUUCCCCUUCAGGGUUUGCUCCCUGGUUUCUGAGCAGCUGACCUCCCUUGCAGCUCAUGACCUUUUACUCAGAUCGUGCUGCACAGAGGUCUGCACAGAGCCGGCAUGUUCACUUCCUCAUGAUUUCUGAUUUCUGCUGCGUGUUGUGAGGAAGAAGUGCACCUUUUAAAGAAGCUCUGCUUUUGUCUGUAAGCAGUCAGCGUAACUUGUCAUGUGGAAAAAUCUAAAUUUACAAAGCCGAAGAUUUUCCCAGUGUAAUUAAUCUGAAUUUUCUUUU